GCAACAUGGCGGCCUUGUCACCAGAAGCUGUAGAUCCCGUUUUGCUCUUUUGUGACACAUUCAGCCAUCCUGAAAAUGAGGAAAUGCAUCUUGACUUGAUCAGCUUUCCAAGACCAGUUUGUAUCCAGGAAGUAAGAGUGAUACCUGCAGGACACAGAGUCCAUGCUGCAGUUAGUGAGAGAGAGAAAAUGGGAGAAACUCAUCCUCCCUCUUUUAAGUUGGAUCUAUUCAUUCGAAAUCUAGACAGGCCUGCAGAUGUGGUGUUUGAAAGACUUGGACAACUAGAGUAUAAGGAACCCAACAAUUUUCAGCUUGUUACCUACUCUAAGGGUGCAACAGAUGUUGUGGUUCUGCGUGGAUGGUACAAAAGAAUCACCAUUAGCCUGUAUGGUCUCUUCACUGAUGUCAAUCAACGUCCUCAAGAAACACACCCAGAACCAAGAAUUGAAAGGCCCCCAGUCAUUGUAGAAACAAGAGGCCCUGAUAGGGAUGUUGAAAGAGUGCUCUGGGAUACAGAAAAAGUAGCCUUUGAAAAAGUAGCUGAGAAGGCUGAAAAAGAUCGUGAUAGAGGUCCAGAAAGGCCUUUAAAAAGGGAGAGGAGUGCUGAGAGAGGUUCUUCUGAUUCAGCUCCCUUAGAGAAGGGUCUAGAUGAUAGAGCCUUUGAGAGAACCACUGAAUCAAAGGAGAAGAGAGAUGAGCAGUUGCAUGCAAGAGAAGAAAGAAAAGCUGGGAAGGAGAGGGAAAGAACUCUGUCAAAGUCACCACCAAGAAUAAAAUCUCCCCCAGGAUCCCCCCAAAGUGCUAUGGCAACUAUUGGUGAAAUUACUGCUGCCAAGCCAACAACUCCACCAGGGUCUCCAAGGGAGGAGCAACCAGCUGGUACAGAGUCUGGUAACCAGUCUCCAGAUGACUUGUUUGAGCCUCUCACACCUGACAGAUCACCCUCCAACCUGUUUAUGUCUGAUGAAGAGGAUGUAGAUGAACCGGAUGGCUAUGAAGAAAUCCUUAGUGAUGAAGAGGAGAUGGAGGAUGGAACAAUAGAUGAUGCAGAUGUACAAUUUGGGGAUCUUGACCUUUAUAGCGAGGAUGCUUGGAUGUCUGUGUCUGUUAGUUUCAACCCUUACCAAUGUGACCUAUCACCUUUGACUACACUUAGUCCUCCAGAUUGCACAGAAUAUGAAAAUGCAUUGUUGAAAGUUAAAGAGGAUUCCAGCUCCUUAGAUGAACAGCAACUCAACUUGGGACAGACAUUGUUUGAACACGUUGAAAUGUGCUGCACUUCUGAGAGGAAUAAGAAAUGGAUUGAGCAACUUGAAGAGAUACCCAGACUACUUAUUCCAGGGCUGGCUUUUCUCACAAGAAGUGAACAGAAAGAAGGAGUGAAGAGAAAACUUAUUGAAUGGAUCUUGUAUUCCUUGGAUAUUGAGAUGGCCCAGAAACUUCCCAUAGCUGCCAACAUUCGAUUGCUAAAAGCAGGACUCAAACUUGUUGGUGCAAUGUGCUCCUGUGGAUCAGAAGUUUCUUCUUUACUGAUAGAAGCCGGGAUUCAGGAGUGCCUAGGUAAACUUCUUACUACAGAACACAUGUCCUCUUCAAUGAAAUUGUUGACUUUGCAAGCCAUUGAUAACACUACAGAUUCCCACAUUGGAAUGGAACAUUUUCUUGGAUGGGAUGAAGAUGUCAUGGUUAAGGAAAGUGAAGGAAACACUGUCCAAGAAGAAUCCAAAAGUUACCAGCAACUUGUUGAUUUUCUUCUCACUGAUCAGACUGUACGUGUGGUAGAAUCUGCUUCAGCUCUUGCUCGCAAAGUCCACUUGUAUGAAUUGCUUGCACUUCUGCAGAAAACUGUAGACAAAAUUAUUGAAACAACUCCCAGUCCCAGGCAGACAGAUCCUGAAACAGACUCAGUUGGGGAGGUAACUGAAUCCAAGCAGGCAGCUGAUGUGAUGUCCCCUGAACCAGACAUGGCUAUGGAUACAUCAGGGCUGGCUGCAGGUGAACGAGAGCAACCCCUUAAUGCAGGGAUGAUAGAGAUCCUCGCAAGCACCCUUGAAGAGAUUUGUAUCUACCUUAAUCAGGCCCAGCACAUGAUAGUUCAGGCUCCUGUGAAAGCAUUUCCCACCUCAGCAAAGAUCACAGGAUUUGAUAAAUCUCCUAAAGAUCCUUAUCCAGUUUUGUUUCACUUCUUCAAAGCACGUCGUCUUCUGGAGUCCAUUCUGGUUGUGAUGUCCUCAACAGCUGGUUGCCAUCCUGCAGUGUUUGGGCCAAUCAGAGAUUUGUUCUUUACAUUGUUACAGUCCCAGCAAGGUUUGUUGUUUCUCUCCUCUCAUCCUGACACUAUAAAUGGUCUUAUCCGUGUCCUUACUCAAACAACUGAGGCUGAUAUUCACCAUAGUGAUGCAGCACCACUGAAUGAAAUCCUCACAGACACAACUGCUGCAGACUCUUGCACUCCUCAGCACCUGGGACUUUUGCUGAUUUAUCAUUUGCAGACUUUACAAGCUGUGGAUCAAUUGCUAACAUCUCUUACUCCAGAUUUGCUUCCAAAUGACAUGGAUGGAGCUGACCUGCUGUCCACUUUACAUACUCUCUACUCCAUGACCUUUACAGCCAUUGGUAAAGCAGCAGUCGUGUCUGUUCUUAGCUUGGAAACAAAUCUAAGUGCUCUACUUCCGUUUGUUGAAUCUACAGGAGAUGCAAAAGACGAUGCGAAAUUGAAGAAAUGUGUGUCAACAAGAUAUGCCACGGUGUUGAUUCUUUUAACUGUAAAAUUGUCUGAGAAUGUGGAAAUGUUAUCUAAACUUGCACCGAGACUCACAGCUGUAACUGAAAGAGUUGAUGCGGACUCCUCAAUCACCGAACUGGGCCAUUGGCUGGUUGCUUUGAAAGAUAUCAAGUUUGAUAUGUCAGGCAUCGGCAAACUAGUAGAAUUUGUGAAAAGCCAUCUGGAUGAGAUGAAUGUCACACCCAGUGUUGCGAGUGGAGUGCUGAUGGCUCUUCGAGUCUUAAGAUACCUCGCAUGUCCUGUGGAAAAAUCAAACACAACUGAAGUGAUUCAGAGAGAUCUCAACCACAACUUGGCCUGUAUCGAACUAUUCUCUGCAAAUGCCAUGGACGUGUUUAUCAACGUGUUUCAAAAACUGGGGGACUUCCUGCUUCGUCCCUGGAGGCAGGGCCAGCCCCUGCACACUGGACCUCCCCUAGUUAUGGUUUCCAUGGUAACACCUCUUCUUGCGUUGGUGAAGACUCUUCUGGUAGAGCUGCUGAACAGUGGUAAAUACCAGUUCAAAGAUCGAAGGCUCAUGAGGGCACUGAUGAUGCUUCAUACUGUGAUGUGCACAGCUCCAAUGACAGGACAACUCAGCAGCCUUGCUCAUAAGGUGCAAAGUGAAAUUGUUGACGUUUUCAUGACAUUUACUAGGCCAGUCAUACAAUCAUCUGACCAUGAAGAAGCAAUAAAUGAAAGUAUUUGGUCGCUGAUGUUAAAAGAACUUCUCGAAUACACGACAUCCGCUCCCCAGGCUUUCUUAGGAGGACUUGUUCUGCUGUCAGAACUGUUACCAAUACCUUUGCCAAUUCGCUCCUUGGAGGACAUGCCUCAGGAAGAAGCGAAUCUGGUGAUGAAUCAUCGUCGGCUGUGGAGUGCGCACCUCAAUCCACUCAGCACAGAGCUGCAAGGAAUACUCAAGGAUCUCGCCGGGUCAGCUUGUCACAAUCUUCAACAAGUAUUGAGGAGAGUUUGUUCGCAACUAUCAGACUUAUCUGCACCCACAGCCUUCAAUAUUGUCAGAACUCUUCUGGAGACACUAGACAGCGAGAUGAGCAAAGCAAGUGGAGACGACAAUAGGUAG